UCCUACAUUUGGCAUGGAGCAAUUGCAUGGAGCUUGUGCUUGGUGGCGGGUACUUGCGCUUAAGUUUUGUUUGUUUUUUUCAUCGUUGUGGAUGUUGUGCGUACGCAUACAAAGAGUGCUUAGCGGCAUGACUCACAGUUAGGAGCCCUCUUGGCGACACUUUGCACGUUGCUGCGCCCUUCCUGGGUGUCCUAUAUGGAUAUUAGCCCGGCGUGACACUUCGAAAGGGCGGCAUGCCGUUCCCGUCGGCGGCGUCCACCUUCAGCCUGGGCUCAUCCUGCUCGUCGUCGGGGGGCCCACCGGGCGGUCCCAGCCUGUACGAAUUCUUGCUCGAGGCUGAGCUCUCCUCGUACUACGACGCGCUACGCAACGACCUCAAGGUGUCCUCGGUGGGACAACUCAAGUAUGUCGAGGAGGACGACCUUUCGCACCUGGGAAUGAGCCGGCCCGAGCAGAGGCGCCUGCGAAAGUACUUCCACAAGUACUUCCCCCAGACCUACCUGCGAAAAAUCAAGCAGAUGAUUCUCCCCAAAGCCAAAGAUGACAUGGACCAGUCGUCAGUGCUGUUGCUUGACACUAGCACGGACAAGGGUUCCUCGUCACAGGUUCGGGUUCCCAGCAAGCAUAUAAUCCCUGCAGACAGCAUUGUCAUCAACAAGGAGCUCGGUGUCGGCGAGUUUGGUGUCGUCCAGCAAGGGGUCUGGACCAACGAAGAUGGAGACAGGAUCCAAGUGGCCAUAAAGUGUCUGAGCAAGGAUCAAAUGCAAAACAACCCCAUGGAGUUCCUCAAAGAAGCUGUCAUUAUGCACACCAUUGACCACGAACACAUUGUCCGGCUCUAUGGGGUUGUUUUGGACACCGUGUCUCUCAUGCUGGUGACCGAGUUGGCACCUCUGCGAUCACUGCUGGAGUGCCUGAAGGAGGCUUCUCUGCGGCCCAGCUUCCCGGUGAUGGCACUCUGUGACUUUGCCAUGCAGAUCUGUGAUGGCAUGCAGUACCUGGAGAGCAAGCGCCUCAUCCACAGGGACCUGGCUGCACGGAACAUCCUAGUCUUUGCCAAGAACAAGGUAAAGAUUAGUGACUUUGGCCUCUCUCGAGCACUUGGUGUAGGCAAAGACUACUACCAGACAAACUUCAAUGUUAAUCUCAAGCUCCCAAUUGCAUGGUGUGCUCCAGAAUGUAUUAACUUCCUGCGAUUCACAUCAGCAUCUGAUGUGUGGGCAUAUGGUGUAACCUUGUGGGAAAUGUUCAGCUACGGAUUUCAGCCCUGGGCUGCGUUGACUGGCCAACAGAUAUUGGAAGCGAUAGACGAGCCAAAUCUGCAGAGGCUGGAGCAGCCUGACUGCUGUCCUAAGGAUUACUACACACUGAUGCUAAAAUGCUGGCAGCACGACCCAAACAAGCGGCCAAGGUUUUCUGAAAUACUUCAAAUGUUGCCUGAUUGUAAGCCGGAGCAAGUGCAGGCUAUCACCGACUGCCCAGACACUUCUAUGGGAGGCUCAGUCAAACUGAAGAAAGAUGCCUUGCACUACCGAACAGGCGAUGUGAUUACAGUGCUGGACAAAAGGCCUGAUGCAUGGUCCCUGUGGAAAGGUGUCACAGCUUCGGGAAAGACUGGUUUCUUCAAUCCGGCUGCUACAAUUGCAUAUCUGGGCCACAAUCUGCCUUCAAGUCGUUCUAGUGGCAGCUUCAUCCGAUGGGAUCCUCGUUCGGGUGCUGGUGUAGCCUACGCCAGUGGUCGGCGCAGUCGAUUGCGGCCGGAAAUGAUUUCAGGCCCCCAGGGUGACUUGAAGCAUACUGGCCAUGUAGGUCUUGAUGGAGCAUUUUUUGGAGAUGUAGCUUUCCUUGGUGAUAAAUAUGGGCAGCUGCCGAAGCAAGUUGUGAAUCCUUAUAAGCCUCAAGAAGAUAAGGACUCCUCAGACUCUUCAGAUAUGACACCUCUCCUAAACGGCUCCAGUUCCACCGUAGAUGGCAAAAGUGGCCCUGCUUUGGAAACUUGGUCUGACACUAGUAGUGAGAAAGACCUGGCAAAGGAGUACAUUCUUGAAAAAGAAAUCUGUGCCAAGCCACUGGAUCAGAAGCUUUCCAAGCCACUUGACCUGAAGAGCAUGUCAGCAAAAGAUAGCCAAAAACCUGAUCAUGAAUAUCAUGAAAUAAGCGAUGAGGAACAGAUGGAUGCUACUGAGAGUCCCAAAUUUGAGACUCUGGACUUGGGCCCCUCAUUGAUGGACGAGGUGUUUCGAGCUCUUGAGACAACUCAACUCAACUUUGACUUUGACAAAGUGCCCAAAGACAGCUGUUUCGCUAAAAGUGAGCCUCCAAAGGAAACCCUAAUGCCCAAACCUUCCUCUGCAAGCGGAACCUUCAAGAAGAAGCAGCUUGCAGCAGUCAAGCCCAUUUCGGCUGCUGAGGAACAGACACUUGAAACGGCCAUUGCAAUAGCUAAAGAGGCUGCUGCACAGAGCAUGCAGGAAAUGGAUGGUCCCUCAGAAUCUGAUGCCACACAGGACAGCCCGCGCACCCCCAGUUCGCCAAACAAGCGGAAAUUCUCCUUCAAGUUUAAGUCAAGCCCCAAAUUGGGAAGGCGCACUUUCUCAGAGGAAGCAGAAGCAAUUCCUGACAUCCAAGACUCUCUCUCAGAAGAGGCCAAAGAAGCGUACAAUAGUCUUGUCGACAAGGUACCAGAAAAACUAGUGGCAGUUGAACCAACACCGGAAGUAGCACCAGCACCCGCAACGGCAGCUGUUAGUGAAUCCCCCCUGGACACAGGUGCCGACAUGAACCCACUAAGGCGAAUUAGGAGUGGCAUCCAAAUUCAGCCUCGCAUUAGAGGCAACCGUCAUGGCAUCCCAAGCAGUUGCAGGCCCACCACACCACACACGGCUGCGCUUGCACGCUUGGCUGCCAAUGCUGUCAGCUCUGGCAGCACACCAAGAAAUGGGCUGGGAGCUCCACCACCACCACCACUCUUGCAGCAGGCAGAAGCGAACCCUCUUCCACUGCCGCCAAGGGACCGUACUAAGCCUGCGCAAGUCCUGAAGCAUCACCAACGGAAGCACCCGCUGCUGCUGCUUCCCGGUACUGUUUCAGCGGAGACUGCGGAUACCUGUAAGGACUCUGGCAGUGAGUCGCCUCCUGUGAAAGAAUCUGUGACAGUGCCGAGGCAGGCUUCUGUAAAUGAGCGGAUAGCGGCUGUUGAAGCAAGGACAAGCAGAAGUGAGGCUGAGCCACGGUUUCCCCCACCAAAGCCAGUGCGAACAUGCAGUAACCCAGAUGAUUCGUUUGAGAACCAGAUUCAGGAAGAAAUUGACAGCCUAGACCAUCUCACAACAGCUGAAGCUCCAUCACCACCAACCAUCUAUAAGAACAGUGACCACGUCAGUUGUGAAGAUCUCCUCGAGUUUGCCAUGGACAGGCCUAAUGCAAAAAGGACUCAAGGCCCUGCACGAGGCGUUGAUUCUGAUGAGGUCCGAAUCAUGCAGAAAGUUCUCGCAAAAGAGCGUGUUGGCGUAGAAGAGUGCCUUGUGGCCCUAAAUGAAGUGGACUGGGAUGUGCACAAAGGAAUCAAGUGGCUGCGGCUUCAGCAGCAGCUGCAGCAGCGGCAUGGCUUGACUUUCCCAGCUGAUGCUUGCUCCCACGCCCUGGAGCAGAGUGGGUGGAAUGUCUUGCAGGCCACCAACCUCCUCAGAGCUACACAGGCAAGCACCUUGGAUGACACCACCGAAGUCUGAUGUUUGAACCUGGUAGUGAAUUUACUUGGGAGCUGUGGGGGAAGAAGGGAGUGUGUAUGGGUGUACACAUAUUCUGCUGCAUAAACUAGUAGCCCCAAACGAUGAAUUUCAUUAGUGAAGCACACUCCAUACAUUAUUAUUCACUACCACAACAUACAUAGCAGAAUAGCACCUCUGUUCUACUGUUGGCUGCAGGAUUCAUGAAUUAUGCACACAAAAUGCCAUACAAGUUUACCAGAAGUAUAUUUAGCUGUUGUGAAGACCUAGGAAGAACGCAGUAGUAGCAGAAACUGCAAAUAGGUGGAUGCUUAGCUGCUGAACAAUGCCAUAUUUGUCACUGAUUUUGGAAAUAUUGGCCUCUAAUUUUACUUGUAUGGAUCCAUCUAAGUGAAGCAAUGGAAAAAUCAGAACUAAUCAGUUGUAUUCCAUUUACUACAGAAAGAAAACUGCAGCUUGAAAUACAUUGUAGCAUGCAUACUACAAGGAACGGUUUUGCGAACAUUGUGCUCACCCUUCUCGGCUCAGGUAACACUGAUAGCAUGAGUGAGUGCAGGCCCUUUACAGUGUCGAGUCCACAGUAUCGCAUCAUGCCUGGUGAGCAGACAGAAUGGGCCACAAAUUCCACUACUUCCAUUGUUUGCACGUAGCAUAAUAAAGAACAUGUAGUAAUCAAACAGGGAAACAAAAGACGCUGAUUUAAGUCAUGCAGUUCACCAUAGUGUUCUUAUAUAUUGAGCAGUACCAUGUGCUGCUGCUUUUUAUGCUUGUCAUUUUUCACAUCUGAGCUGCUGCUGGAUUUUUCAUGGAAGCCUGUGUAGUGAAGACUGUGAAGUUCAUAAAAAAGAUUGUAAGUGUCCUGGUUUUACGUUAGUUGUUCAUUACAUCUGUGGAGCCAGCUGAGAUAGUUGGCACGGGUGCCUUGUGCUUUUGUAUGUUGUUUGUAGAUUCUCGAGCAUUUAAGUACUACUGCCUGUGGCUAUAGAUGUUUCACAGUGUUUUUUGUGCCUACUACUUCGUGGUUGUCUUCUGUAACAGAUGGUAGGCAGGCUGAUGUGUGUGUGUGCCUGCCUGAACAGUGUCAUAACUGUCUGCUUUGCACUUUAGGAAAGCAGUGAAAAAGGUGCCUUCAGAAUUUGGUGACGCUCUCACGCAAUUUUAUUUUCUGUGUGCAGUUGUAGUGGCAAAUGUUUUGUGUCUAACAUGUGCUUCGAAACAAGAGCGUGUUUUCCUUAUACUGUAUGCUUUACUUACUUGGGCCCUGGGUAUGGCAAGUGUUCUUUAGUUAACAGCUCUGCACAAAUAAGUGCUCUAGGCAUUGUAUAUGCGAUAAGAGAAAUUUGUGAAGAAGUAAAUUGGCUGUGAAACAGGUGCAAAGCAACUAGCUGUUGAAGGAAUCCGUAGUCUGGUUUCGGUGCAAUACAGAUAGGUUAUUAUUGCUUAACCCUUUCGCUGUCGGACCUUUCUGGCCGUGACGCACCCCCAGUGUCGGCUUGGUUUCAGGGAACGAGCAUAACAGGGAAUGAACAUAGCAAUUUAUUUUUGAUUAUGAUUGGUAUACAAAUAACAUAGUCAAUGCAAUAUGCACAUUUCAAUGUUCUGCAGCUGUUAUUAGUAAACAUCAUCAUCAUCAGCCUGACUAUAACAUCCGUUCAACAUCCGAAUCUGAUGAUGCGGAACUCAUCUCUUCGUCGCGUUAGACGCUGUCCGAGUCCAAAUCCGAGCUCGGCUCGUAUUCUGAAUCAUAAGAGCCACCGCUCCAAUGAACAGACGAAGGUCUCGCGCCGCUCAGCUAUCCGAAAGUAACCGCGCGCAGGGAGAAUGCGCUUUCAGUCGCCCGCGCAACGGAGAUAAAUGGGACGUUGUGUGAUCAAGAAGAGGGAGAUGGAAAAACGCUAAAACAAAGUUCGAAGGGCUUUACGUUUACUGCUGCAAGUCGGAAGCGAGGGUGCGGCGAGAGAGCGAAAGCAGCAAUCGAGUCACCCUUUUCGGAGAGGCAACGGCGACGCGUGCGCCUGAACUUGACACGCCGUAGCAGACGCGCCAACAGAAGAAAAAUAAAAACCUUCAAACAGGCAGAGAUGGCAGAACAACCCUGAACCCAUAACCACACGCGCGCGACGCAUGAUCCAGCGAACGCGGAGCCACCGCGCCACUCAGCAAAAAGAGAGGGGGGCGUGGCAGUCGCACCGUACUCUUCAAUACAUGUACUAACACAGGUCGGGGCGAAAAUACGAACUUGUAGGAAGAGCCAACAGAUGGCGUGGCCAAGUCCGGGAGCGCCAGCUUUGCGCUCAGGCGCAAAAUUUUGAACGCGCGAUAGAGAACGUGCCGGUAUGUCAGUGACACUGUGGGGGGGAAGCACGAUGACGUACCGGUACGUCCGUGACAGCGAAAGGGUUAAAAGAACUGUCCAUGUUGCUUCAGUAAAAGGGAUAAUCAAAAGCAGUUAACUGUUUGCUUUUUCACAUCGUGCAUGGAGUGAGCCACAAAAAACCCAGAACCAUUAGAAAUGUCAGUUCUGGGAAAAAGUUGAGGCAUAUACAUUGCACACACAUUCUAGUCAGCAUGGAGGUUUAUGCUGACAUACUGCCACUGAUGCGUGCUACUAUUGGAAAAUACAUCAAGUGCGGGACGUUCACAAAUUCAAGCAGCUCUAUGAAUUGCUGCACCAAGUGUGUAUUUAGGAAUCUCCUGUAUGCACAGAAGAAUUCUAUAUCUCAGCUGAUAAUGUGCAUUUUUUUACUCUGCCUCCACUCUUCUCUUUAUGCCAUUCAGAGACUUACCAUACAGGCAUGCUACGACUAUGAUCAACUUGCACACAAGAUUGUCAAAAAAAAAAGCAUUGCAUAGCUACUGUGGAAUUGCACCUACUUAAGUGCAUCUGUGUUUGCAGUGCAAUGUAUUAUGGCACCACAUAGGAGAUAGUCUCUAAAAUACAUUUUAAAAACUGGCAGGUGUUUGUGGCUUACCAUAUAUACAUAUAUAUGAGCAUCAAAUGCAUGCUACUUGCCUAGCAGUAGUUACCUAAAUUGCAAUUCCUAUGGCUGUAUAUCAUAACUGGUUUUCCGAGCACUGCAAGAUCUUAAUUUCUUUUUGUACUUUGUUGCAGUGAUAUUAACUUUACUGAAAGUGUACAGUAAUGAGUCCAGUAGUUAGGCCUAUGAACCUAUAAAUGCCAUAAAAGCUUGUCAAAAAAUUACCUUUCUCAUGUCUCGCCUUACUGAGCUUGUUUGUUGUGCUGUAUAGUGUUGCGUGGCUGCAAGCUUUCUCUUCUGCAUCUAAUUUCUUUUUUCAUAGACCUCAGUGCCUCAGAUAGAAGCUGUUUUGUUUGUGCCAAGCACAGUCUGUGCACUUUUUAACAAGGCCAUCUAUGAUUUAGAUCAUGGAUGCAUGAUUGAGCUCAUUUCUAAAUGUUAAAAAAGAGAAUGCAGGUAGUCAGUAUUUUAAGUCAGACACAGUAUCUACUCAUUGUGCAUGUUCUUCACUGCUUAAGCAUAUUGUAGAAUUUAAGAUCUUCCUUGCAAAGCAUGUGCCAUCCUCGUCAUAUAUAAUUGGUUCUCAUUUCAAAGUUGCCUGUUUUGUUCCAUUUCCUCAACACACAGCUUCAUUCGAAUCCUCCUUUGCACAUGCAUGUUGCCAAGGGUGCUGGCAGAAAACCAAUUGUAAAGUAUGCUUCUCUGUGACAUUUGCACACCACAGGAAAUGUGUUUUCCGCACAGAUAUAAACAUGUGUAGCUUUCGUCAUAAGUAGGUUUUAGUUUUGUGCUCCUGAUAGUGAACCAGUGAAGCAUGAGCACUUGAAGUGUCUUAAAGUUCUCAACACUGAUUUCAACCUAGCUUUCUUAGAGCAAUAGGCAGUGCUUUAUUUUCUCUGUUAGUGCUGCCAAGGAAAAGAGCCCGUUAGUGUAAAUAUAUUUAUGAAUAGGCUUUUCUAAGCGUUAGGUUUGCCUUGUGCAAGUUUGUAUAUGUUCGAUGUAUGCUUGAACCUGUGUGUUCAGUGAGCAGUGUUGUGGCAGGCUGCAUGUCAUUGCAGAAUUUAUUUCACACAGUUAGCCAUGCACUGUAGCUGCCACAUACAUAGUCCUUGUGCUUGGCUGUUUGCUUAUAGGUCCUGUUUUGUCAUGGACGAACUCCUAGUACUAUUUCGUAAUUGACAAACAGCUAUAUUCAGGCAAUCUUCAUUGACUGAUUGGUAAUAACUUCAUCUUUUGAAACGUCUUGUAUCUGUCUAAGCUUCUGGAGGUGCCAAUUAUUAAUAGCUUUAUAUGCUAACCUUUUACACUGCAACAGAAGCAAGCUGAACAACUAAACUUGCAUUCCUGUGUUACACGCCAGCUUUGUUUGACCGCUGAAGUGAAAUCUUGGCAGCUGUAUGUUCAGCAUGCCUUCCAUACAUAUGCAAGUGUGUUUUUUGACGUUGCGCGAGUUGCCCUUCUGAGAAACCAUGAAAACCAUGUGGGUUCAAAUGCAGAACAUGCUUUCAACCUGGCUAUGCAUGAUUGCUAAUCAUGCGGAAAAUAUUUUGGCUUGCUGAUGCUUUCUCAUCUGGCUUUUAAGAAUCUCAGUGGUCCGUUUUUUCCCCAUCUCACUUUGCACCUAAAAAUAAUAUUCCCCUGGUUCUAUUCUGCAAGUUUAAGUGCGGCGCUACAAUGGAGAUAUUUCAUUGAAAUUACUAACAGAAGCAUCUGUCCCUAUUUGGUAUUGAAAUGGUUUAGCUACCAGUGUUCUUCUGUUAAAUUUUAAACUAAUUUAACUUGUAACUAAAAACCUUGAGACAAGACAGGGUUUUUGUGUAAUUCGCAAAUGUACAAGUGUCUGGAAUGAUCUGAAUGCUAUUUUGCUGCUGUACGCAGAAACUCUGUAACAGUUCUACUUAGCAUUGCAUGCUGUCAAUAAAAUGUUUGAUGAAUGCA